AUGCUAGUAUUGAUUUCAGACGACGGAGCAAACCGUGAUGACUCAGAUGAAGGAAGGGUUGCAGACUACAUACUGGGGACAGGUGCCACGGGGACCUGCAUACGAGAUGUGUCACGAGCCCAGGGGACUGGCCCUCAUUUACAACAACAUCAACUUCAGAAAAAUCACACACCCAGGACGGGUGCAGAGAAAGAUACAGAGCGACUGAGGGGGUUGUUUGAGGGGUUGAAGUUCGACGUGCGCUGCUACAAGAACAUGACCUACCAGGACAUGAUGACAACCUUAGAGCAGGCUGGAGAAGAGGACCACUCGAAUUUCGACUGUUUCGUCUGUUGUGUCAUGUCUCACGGCGCGCAGGGGAAAGUCUUUUCCUCAGACGAAUAUCCCAUUGAAAUUUCCCUGCUCCUAAAGCCGUUCAAUGCCAAAGAAUGCCCCUCCCUCGUCGGAAAACCUAAGCUGUUUUUCAUCCAGGCUUGUCAGGGAGUGCAUGUUCAAGAGCGCGUGCCAGUAGACUGCGCGUUCGACGCGAAUGCAGUGUUGCACGUGAGCCAGGAGGCCGACUUCUUCGUGGGCCUGCCCACGGUGCCCGGCUGCGUAGCUCGGCGCGAUGACGACGGGGCUCCCUAUAUCUACCAUCUCACUAACGUGUUCAAAGAGUUCGGGGACACCUACGACCUGUUGACUAUGAUGACGAUGGUGGCAAACAAAAUGGAUCAAAGGGGAGUGUCGUCCAACCAUUCCACUCUCAGAAAGAGUGUUUACUUCAAUCCGUAGAAGACAUCCUAAACGACACUACAAUGACAAGAAAAUGUUCAACAAAAGUUAAGCAUGAAAGAACCUUGCCAUGCGCCGUGAGACAUGACAUCGACAAGACGGCAUGGACGGUACUAGCUUAUUAUUGUAUACAACAUUUCAAUGUCUGCUUGAAGCAACGACAGACUAUGUAACAAAUACUUGCUGGUGUUCUGUUUUCAUGGUUUGCUUCUCUGAAGGUGGUAUUACAUGUACAACAUUUUAGGGUAUGCCAUUGUUUUUAAUGUUAAUCAUACGUAUAUGACAGUAUCAUUGUACAGCAUGUCCAUAUUUGUGUAAGCCAUGUACAGAAGAAAUUUGAUGUAGGCCAUUUGUAAGCCAUUGUUUUAUUUGUGUAAGUAUAUUUCUUGUUGUAUUCAUGUCAAUUUGAGCAUUGUAUAAACGCAAAGUGGUAAGUUAUUUCUUUGGAAAGAAUAUAAUUUGGGAAGUAUCUGUAUUUUCAUAGAUUGGGUUGUCACUGUUUAAUGCGAUCAGUACAUGCCUCAUUUCAUAGGUGUAUUCUUUAAUAAACAUGUUUCUACUGCG